UUUGGGAUUAAUGUAAAAUCAGAAAACAGGCGAUCUUUGAGGAGGCUACCUUCCCUGCAAAUAAUAUAUCCAUCUCAUUCUUUGUAUAUAUAUUCAAUCUCUUUUGGCCUCUUUCUUCCAUUGUUUCAAUACGUACCCUUGGAUUGGUGGCAACGUACAAUAUGCUUCUGCUGCUGCUGUCGUUUUGUACUCUACUUUUUGAAGGGUUUGAAGCUAAUGCUUUAACAUAUGAUCAUGCGGCCACCGUUGAGUGCUUGUCGAAUCCCCACAAAGCCCAGUAUGGUGGAGGAAUUAUCAUAAACCCUGAGUUGAAUGAGGGGUUGAAAGGAUGGUCCACCUUUGGGAACGCCAAAAUAAAAGAAAGAGUUUCAGGAGGCAACAAAUUCAUUGUGGCUCAUACCAGAAACCACCCACAUGAUAGUAUCUCACAGAAGCUUUUUUUGGAGAAGGACAAGCUCUACACAUUCUCUGCUUGGCUACAAGUGAGCGAUGGAAAUGUGGCUGUAAACGCCGUUUUCAAUACAACUACUGGCUUCAAACAUGCCGGUACCGUUACUGCGAAGACAAACUGCUGGUCCAUGCUUAAGGCUGGCCUUACCGUCAAUGCAUCAGGCCCAGCUGAGCUCUAUUUUGAGAGCAAGAAUGCAUCAGUUGAGAUAUGGGUGGAUAGCAUCUCAUUACAACCAUUCACCCAAGAGCAGUGGAAGUCCCAUCAAGUUGAAAGCAUUGAGAAGACGCGUAAGAGAAAGGUGAGAAUCCAUGCAGUUGAUGAACAAGGCAAUCCCAUAUCCAACGCGACAGUCUCAUUCGAACAGAAGAAACUAAGCUUCCCGUUCGGCUCUGCAAUAAACAAGAACAUCCUCACCAACACAGCCUACAGAAACUGGUUCACCUCACGGCCGUUCACGGUCACGGUGUUCGAGAAUGAAAUGAAGUGGUACGCCAACGAACCAUCCCCUGGCCAAGAGACGUACGCCGACGCCGACGCCUUGCUUCAGUUUGCCAAACAACACGGCAUUCGUGUCCGCGGCCACACUGUCUUGUGGGAAGAUCCCCAGAUGAUACAGGGUUGGGUUUCUUCACUCUCGCCAAGUGAUCUUGCUAAAGCUGUCGACAAGAGGAUCAACUCCGUCAUGUCAAAGUAUAGAGGCCAGGUUAUUGGAUGGGAUGUUGUAAAUGAAAACUUGCACCACUCCUUCUUUGAAGACAAGCUUGGUACAACCGCGUCGGCGAGAUUUUACAGACGUGCUCAAACGAUCGACGGGACAUGCACGUUGUUCAUGAAUGAGUACAAUACCAUAGAGGACAGCCGCGAUUGGUCAUCAAAGCCAGACAAGUACCUGCAGAAGCUGAAAGACAUUCGUGGCUUUCCCGGAAACGGCAACCUGAGACUUGGGAUCGGGCUCCAGGGCCAUUUCAGCUAUCCUCCAGACCUUUCUUACGUUAGAGCUUCUAUUGAUACUCUUGCAUCCACCGGCUUGUCCAUUUGGAUUACAGAACUGGAUGUCAAAAAUACCGUUGGUGAUCAACAGACACAAGCACGGUACUUGGAGCAAAUUCUAAGGGAAUUACAUGCCCACCCGAAGGUGAAUGGAAUCAUGUUGUGGACAGCAUGGUCGCCUGGGGGAUGUUACAGAAUGUGCUUGACAGACAACAAUUUCAACAACUUGGCAACCGGGAAUGUUGUGGACAAGCUGAUGAGGGAGUGGGGUUCCAGGCCCAUGGUAGGCACAACAGACGCUGAUGGAUACUUUGAGGCCUCCUUAUUUCUUGGAGACUACGAAGUGAAAAUCAGUCACCCUACCUUGCCAAGUUCCUACUUGUCUCAAAGGUUUGAGGUAUCAUCACAAGACACAUUCUUGGAGCAACCAACAUUGGUUGUCCAAGUUUCAGCAUGAUCGAUCAUUCUUAAUUAGUACAUAAAUAUUAGGCAAUCUAUGAAUUAAAUUGUUGUUUCGAAAUAAUUUUGGAAGAUUAAUUAGUACUCCAUAUAUAUGAGCUGAUCGAUCUUCCUUCACUUGUAAGCCUAGCUAACAUUGUAUGAGUUAAUAAGUGAUAUCCACAAUUUAUUUUGAUA